CACCGGGAGCUAAACUGACUUUGUUCUUUCAUCAAUCACAUGCAGUUUGCAGUUUUGAUAGAAAACAAGCUUAUCAAGCUAGUGCCUUGUUUAAUUUUAUGUAUUACGUUUGGGUGGGUUAUGGGCCGGUAGUGGGUGGCAAAGUGUUUAGCUGGAACCAAUUUUUUUCGAUUUGCAAGGACGUUCUUGUUGCAGCGGUGUAAUGGAGGAAGGGGAUGCACAGCCUCCACGCCCCGUUGAGCAGAUUGUGGUGGCGACGGUGCAGUUGGUGAAUCAUGUGGCCGAGUCUGCGGGUCUCAACGGUCGCCUCACGCCCAAACCCUUGCAGGCCAUGCUCAAAUUCCGCAAUCGGUCCCAAGGACGGGCCUCCUUCCUCCAAGUCUCCACCCGCAAAGACACCCUCUGCCCAAAGUUCGACGUUGACUCUAUUCGAAACAUCCGGUCAACUCUUUUGGAACAAGGGAUGAUCACUAUUGAGACAAAUCAGAUGAGUAUACUGGUUAAGGACGGAAAACCACAGGAAUUACAGAGCCUCUUAAGUGCUAUUAAUUUGGCUAAAUCACAACAAACCAACAGCACAUCUGCAAACAACACAUCAUUAUCAACAAAAGACAAAAAUGACCAGACAGCAUGUGGAUCAUCACGUCCACGUUCCUCAGAGAUCUCAAUACCAUUGUCCCGGUGUCAAAACAAUAUGUCACCACAGUCAGACAAGGUCGGAAGGAAGAGUGCAACUAUUUCAACUCCCACUGGAGUUGGAGUCGAAAGGUGUAGAGGACUGAGUAUCAUUCCAAAAAAAAUACUCGACAAAUACUCGAAUACAAAGAAAUCCAUGUCUCCUCCCAGCUCGGUCACCAGUGACACCAGCGGCAGGGUAGCUGGUCCACUCCGACAAUCUAUUCUCAAUUUCCAAUCUCUCACUCCUGAGCAGAAAGAGGCCGCAGAUCAAAGAAGGUCGACAUUGAGUGUAAACCCGGCUGUUAAGAGAGUUCGAUCUCCUAGUCCUCCAAGCAAAGAGAAGAAGGCUACUCUAAAGAAGGCAUUGUCCACGAAGGGGAUUAAGUUUGUUUACAAGAUCGAUUCCAAAAUAAAAUAUCUUCAAGGUUUUUCUGAAUUUACAACCAAUCUCUCCAUUAAUAAUAUAUCCAUGAAAAAAUUGGACUCGCGACUCUUGGCCCUCCAACAUCUCCGUCAUCUCGACCUUGCUAAUAAUAGUUUAACAAAUGUGGAUCCGCUUCGACAGCUCAAUUCUACUCUGGAUUCUCUCAAACUAUCGCACAACCAAAUUUCGACGUUGGACCCUCGACUUCGUUUUUCUUGGAGCAAGUUAACGAUCCUGGAUCUCUCCCAUAAUAUCCUCAAGAUGUUGCCAGACUCAUUCGUAUUUUUAAAUCAGCUUCGGAUGCUAGAUGUUUCCCACAACAGUUUGCUCGUCCUGCCAUUCAACAUUCAUCUACUCCGGGGGUUGAGAACUCUGCUGGCAAAUGACAAUCAGCUUCAAUUUGCUCCAGAUCCCAUGAGCAGUGGGAUUGUUUCACUGGAGAAAGUUGAUCUCUCGAAUAAUCCAAAGAUGGUCAUUUCUCCACCAGCCAACGUCAUUUCAACUGGUUGGGGUUCGACGAAUGACAACGUUCCAAGUCUUAUGGAAUUAUGUGCAGCCGUGGUGCUAGCCGAUGUGCCAAACCGGCAGGAAUGGAGUUUUGGCAACUGGCCACAAGGUGUGAUGCCACUGUCUCUAACGGAAUAUCUCUAUCGAGCCAAACGAUGUGGGAGGUGUCGGGCUCAGGUUACUCGCUACGUGUAUAAGGAUUACAUGGGAUAUGGACGCUCUUUAGCUCAACAAAUAACUGCUGAUGGUCCACAGAUUCGUAUGCGGAGUGUCUUCUGUCCCCAUCAUAUCUCAUCUUCGUAAUAAUUCUGUCACCCCCUCAGCUCAGACUAUAAAAUUUUACAUGAAAAUGCAAGACAAGACAUUUUCCGGUGUUACAUACAUAAGUACAAAAAGAACUGUGCAAGAUUAUUAUUGCAAGACUGUUUUGGAAAUGUUGAUAUGCUUGUAUUAAUUUAAUCUGCUGCACAGUUGACAGUACAUACGUAUAAAAAUAAAGAGGAUAUAGAUCAUUCCAUGAAUGAAGCA